AUAGUUUGGCCGGUCAAGUAAUUUACACCAUCAUUUUUUGCGCCGACCGUGGGACCGUUAAGGUUUCUUCUCUUCUAAACACAAACCUACCCACAAGAACACCACUCAAAAUGUCUUCCAGUCAGCAAAUCAACUCUACUUCCACUCAGGUGCCAGCCACCAAUGAGGGUACCAGCAUCCCUGUGGCUGCUACCCUGCCGGUCAUUUCUGCCCCAGUGUUGCCUUUGGGUCUGAGCUCUGUCCCAACGCCUAGCAUGAUGAGCCCAUUCACGACCCCCGUCCCUUCCGCUGGGCCGAGGGUCACGUUCCCACCAAGCAUGACUCAGUUCAUGAAUGACCCAGCCAAUCUACAGGCCAUCCAGGGCUUUGGCCAGGUCAUGGCCAUGUGCCAACAGAACGGGGGAAUGCCUUUUCUCCCUGGUAUGUUCCCAUUCGCUCUUCCAGGCGCGGGAGCCAUGCCCCUACAAGCUCCAAUGGCAGUGACACCGUUCCAGAAGCCGAUGCCGCAGCCAUCACCUUUCCAGCCGCAGCUGGUCAACACCAUGGCCCCUGUCAACUUGACUGGCGCACUUAACGCUGCAGGGCCGUCGCGUCCCCCGCAAGGUACGAAUCCGCAAGUCACCUCUGAUGGUCAUUGCGUCUCAAUUGAGAGUGAUGAUGGCGAGUGGGACAUUCCAAGGGCCCACAAGAAGAAGAAAGGAAAAAACAUCCGGCCAGCGACCUCCCGAAACUCCGCCUUCGAAAGGCUGGGGGAUAGGGAGGAAGGCCAGAGGAAGUCAGCCAAGCAAAGGCUGGGGCAGAGCGUUGCCCAUGUCAGCGCGUUCGCCCAGCUAGGUGAGGUGCGGGAGGCCGAGCCUGCCCGCACCCGGCGCUCCCGGACUAACCGGCAGGAGCCAGCGAGGACGAGGGCCUCUCGUCAGGAAGAGGAAGCAGAGAGCCAGCCCAGGUUACCGGUGGCGAACCGGUUGACCGUCCCAAAUGACCGCGUCCAGCAGAUGGAGGCAAAACUAGAGAGACUGGAAAAGAAGGUCGGAGAGAAGAAUGACCGGGACAAACCCCUGGCAGGGUCCCCGUUCACCACAAGGGUCCAUCUGACACCUUUCCCGCUAAAGACCUUGCGGAACCGAGCCACUGAAUGGUUCAAUAAGCUUCGCCCGGGAAGCAUUGAUUUGUUCAGUGAUUUGGUCUCAAAAUUCAAGGCCAAGUUCCAGGAGAAUUGUACUAAGAGGAAGAAAUUCACCUAUCUUAGUACAGCCGGGCGGAGGGAGUCUGAGAACCUUACUCAGUUCCUUACCCGGUGGAAGGAAGAGGUAGACAAGGUGGAAGAGAUGGAUGACAAGACCGUCUUAUCCCUCCUCUUGAAUGGCUUGCGUGCCGGGAAACUAUACAAGGAGUUCUGCCGGAAACCCCCGGCCACGUACCAAGAGGCCUACCACACUGCAUGGGAGUUUGCUGAGGCUGAAACCCAACUCCGAGCAAAGAAAGAAGCUGAGCAUGGUUACAAGCCCAAUCUGGUGCAAGUCAAGAAGGAAGAAGCCCCGGGACCUAACCGGCCAAGACACCACUAUGACCCGGUUGUCCGUGUGGUCAAUACGGAAGAAUGCCAAGAAAUCUGGAAAGCACCGGUCAUUCUUCCGGAAAAUCCUACCGGUCAUAACACCUCCGAAUGCAAAAGUGUUAAGGGGGUCAUCCGGCAGAUGAUAAACAGUAAAGAGCUGGGCAAGGAUUACUUGCAGAAAGCCCAGGAGAAGAGUCAUCAAUGGGUUAGGUCAACCGCCUCGGGAGAUGACUGGGACAACGAUCGGCGGAGGAAUAGCCGGCUAAGGGAGCGGCAACCUGCUCCCAAAAAAGAGCACAUAGGCAUGAUCUUCGGCGGACCUGAAGGUGGAGAUUCAGCCGCGCAACGGAAGAACUGGGUCCGGAGAAUUUACGUUGGUGAGGUAAGCGCCGAACCGCUCAAGCGUAAACAUACUAGGAGAGAGCCGAUCGUCUUUACCGACCGGGAUCUCCCUCCUACCGGUGAAGAUCACAAUGAUCCAUUGGUCAUCACCAUGGACAUUAAUGGGGUGGAUGUCGCCCGGGUACUUGUUGACACCAGCAGCAGUGUCAACAUCUUAUACUUGAAGACUUUCCAAAAACUCAGGUUGUGUCGGACACAACUUGAACCCCUGAAAACUUCUCUCUCAAGCUUCACGGGAGACACCGUUGAAGUUGAAGGAUCCAUAGUUCUACCGGUCGAACUAGGAUCAGGUGAGAAGACCGUGUGGAAGAAGAUGCGGUUCAUCGUUGUAGACAUUAAGUGCGUCCACAACGCAAUUCUUGGAAGGCCAAGCAUUAAUAAAGUCGGGGCGGUGAUUUCCAUGCCUCACCUAUGCAUGAAGUUCCACACUCCAGGUGGUGUGGGUGAAGUGAAAGGCGACCAGAGGAAUGCCCGGGAGUGCUAUGCCCGGGGAGUCAAGAAGAUGACCAAGGGGGUUAAUGUCAUCUCCCAAGAGAUCACAAAGGGAGAGACCCGGGAGAAAUUGGAGCCCGAGGCCGAGACGGUGGAAAUCGAACUUCACCCGGGUGAUUCUUCGAGGAUGGUCAGAAUUGGAGCAAAUCUCCCCGAGGAUCUCAAGGCAGAGAUUACACGGGUCCUCCAAGAAUACGCGGGCAUAUUCGCAUGGAGCGUGGCGGAUAUGCCCGGAAUAGAUCGCUUUGUUAUCUGCCACCGGUUGGCUGUGAGAGAGGGAAGUCGGCCGGUACGUCAGAAGAAGCGGUACCUGGCUAGCGACCGGCGAGACUUCGUCAAGAAGGAAGUAUCUUUCAACCACCCGGCUGAUAUUCGAGCCACAUUCGAUAUUAUGGCAAAAUACAACCUCCGGCUGAAUCCUAAGAAAUGCGUCUUCGCGGUUCGUACCGGGAAGUUCUUGGGAUUCAUGGUGACCAAGAGAGGAAUAGAGCCCAACCCAGAAAAAAUCCGGGCCAUCACUGAAAUGCAAGCCCCUACCUUCGUUAGGGAUGUCCAAAAGUUGACCGGUCGUCUAGCGGCCCUCAGCCGGUUCCUUUCCCGGUUAGCUGAGAAAUCCCCGCCAUUCUUCAAAGUUCUAAAGAAGGCCAACACAUUUGCAUGGGACGAAGAAUGCCAGAGGGCAUUUGAGGAGCUGAAAGAGUACCUAGCGUCAGAUAUUGUAUUGUUUAAACCCGAGCCAGGUGAAACUCUGUAUCUGUACCUGGGAAUUUCCCCAAAUGCUGUAAGCUCCAUUUUAAUAAGAGAUGAUGGGGCACAAAAGCCCAUUUAUUAUGUGAGCAAAGCACUAAACGGGGCUGAGAGUAGAUAUACGGCGAUGGAAAAGACAGCCUAUGCGCUUUUCAUCUCCGCAAAAAAGUUAACAUCCUACUUCCAAGCUCACCCGAUGGAAGUCUUGACUAACCAACCGCUGGGUGCAGUGUUGCGAAAUUCAACAUCCUCCGGGAGGAUGGUGAAGUGGGCGAUGAUGUGAACUCAAUUCAACAUUGAGUACCGGCCAAGGUCAGAAAUCUAGGGACAAGCCCUUGCAGACUUCCUGGUAGAAAUGACCGGUCUAACUCCAGACCUACCGGUCAACAAGCCCACUGAGCAAUGGUGGGAGAUGGCAGUUGAUGGGGCAUCCGGUCCUAGAGGAUACGGGGGUGUUAUCGUGUUCACCACCCCAGAAGGGUUCAAGAUCUACCAUCCAAAAGGCCAAAGUAAAGUUUAGCCGGUCAAACUUUUUCAAGUUGACCAUCAAAAAUGAAGACAUUCAAAAGUAAAAGGUGGAGUUCAAC